GUGAUUGCUGCAAAGCUCAACUGCAUGACUGAGAUCAUUAAAUCUGAGCAGCUCUGGGGGUAAAGAAGUAUGCCUCAGUAGAUAAACACAUCCAGGAUUGCACUUUGGUCAGAGUUUCAAAAUAAGGCGUCUCGCUGGCAGAAUUGUGUGAGAAAACAGAAGCAUUAUGGCACAAUUUGACUGCACAGAUGAAAACUGUUGGAGCAGCAGCAUUCUCACCACUCUACACUCCUACUUUGGAGAUCCAGUGAAUAAUCUGAUUUCACGAAUCCAGGACAUGACAACAAGAGAUCAGCUUUCAUCAGAGUUUUCUUGUCUGGAAAACAAUGCAGAGGACACUGGAGGCCUUGAUGGGAGCAGUGGCUCCCUGAAUGAGCCUGAGGAUUGCAGUCCUCCCACAGACAUAUCUUCAGCUCUGAGGUCAGUGGCUUUAAUGCGCACAUUGGAUUUGAAAAAAAUGCACUGCUUAAGUGUGCCCAAGCUGUUCCCAGUCCCUCAACCUGAGGAGGACAGUCCAACUCUGUCUCCAGUAGAGGAUCAGGAUGAAAGUACUGAAGGGGCAGCAGAUCCAGCUGAGGAGGAAGUGAUAAGUUUCACAUUCCAGUCAAAGUACAUUGAUUUCUUCCCACUGUAUCAGGACUACUGUCUGCAAGAGAUCCGAGAUGAUCUGCACAGACUGAGCAAGAGUUUUGUGUCUGAACUGAUCGCGCCUCAGUACCUGCAGGGUCUGCAGUCCCGUCUUGUUGCUCAAUGCGGCUCUGAGGCUGCUUCCCCUCAGCUAAACUCUCCUGAGGUGCCUCCGUCCUCGCCUCCACCUCAUCCAGUCAGGGUGAUUCCAAGUACCCUUUGGCAAGAUUUAGUGGAGGUGAAGGCGUCUGGUCUGCUGAGGAGCUUGACAAACAGGGAGAUUCGCCUUCAGGAGGUGUGGAAAGCUCUUUCAUUGCAUGCAUUACACUUUAUCAUAAUCAAUACGCUGCAUUCAGUAACAGAGCUGUUGCUGUUCACUUUUUCAAAAACCUCAAGCCAGUGCCAUCUAGCUCUAGUUUUUGAGCUUCCUGAGUAACAGUAAUGUUAAGAUGACUGAAAUUGUUUUUUGUCAUUGCUAAAUGUAAUAUGAUUUGUGAAAAAAAAACAAGAAAAUAUAGAAAUGUUUGCCCUUUGUAUUUGUAUCAGUAACAGUAGCUUCUGUUAUGAAUAAGAAAGGGGUAUUUUAAGUUUUUCUUCUUCCUGCCCCCGUUUGUUCACUGAAUGU